AUGGGGUCUUCUCCGCAAACUCAGAACCAUGGCCGAGACCGCCAGGCCCGAGAAGAUGUCCACCUUACCUCCCAGGACGCUUCUAACUUGAUCGAUCAUCAUGCAGACUUAUCGAGCAGUGAAAGCGACACCGAUAUCGAGAGCGAUGACACCGCAAUUUUCGAAAGCGUCUCUCAGUCGACGAGGAGAUUAGAGUCCGCCCCGCUGAUAACAAAUCGCCGGCGGUUUUCCUCUAUUGACGAAGAUGAUGAUCAUGACGGCGUGCUCGGGCCGGCCGAGGACGAGGAAAAACCAGUAACUUGGAGCUCGUUACCGAAGAAGGGCCAGUUGGCAAUCUUGACCUUGGCGCGACUGUCAGAGCCGUUGACGCAGACAUCUUUGCAGGCAUACAUGUUUUAUCAGCUCAAAUCAUUUGAUCCAUCUUUACCAGACUCGAAAAUCUCGGCGCAGGCGGGUAUCCUCCAGGGUAGCUUUACAGCCGCGCAAUUUAUCACCGCUGUCUGGUGGGGCCGUCUUGCUGAUGCUGGAUGGAUGGGACGGAAGCGAGUGCUGUUGAUCGGGUUGAUGGGCACUUGUAUUUCUUGUGUAGGCUUUGGCUUCUCUCGAUCCUUUGCGACGGCAAUGGUCUUUCGAACAUUGGGCGGAGUAUUGAACAGCAAUGUGGGAGUGAUGCGGACGCUGAUUGCAGAGAUUAUUGCCGAGAAGAAAUAUCAAUCACGCGCAUUUUUACUUCUACCCAUGUGCUUCAAUAUUGGUGUAAUCAUAGGUCCAAUCUUGGGAGGCUCUUUGGCCGAUCCUGUCAGCAGCUUUCCGCAACUUUUCGGUCCAGGAUCUACCUUUGGAGGUAAAGAAGGUGUCUGGUGGAUGCAGCAUUGGCCCUAUGCUUUGCCGAAUCUUUUGAGUGCAAUCUUCAUAUUUGGCUCAUUUUUCGCUGUAUUUCUUGGGCUUGAUGAGACCCAUGAAAUUGCACGUUAUAAGAGUGACUGGGGUCGUAAAUUGGGCAAGCGGCUCACGAGAGCUUGGACCCGACGAUCCCGGCACUAUCGUCCACUGACACGCUCCAGAGAUGAUGAAUCUGUUUACACGGACGGCAGCGUUGGUGCUUGGUCUACGCCAUCAAGUCCAGCUCGCUCCCGCGUACAUCCACAGCCGCGUAAAAAGAUAGGGUUCCGCCAGAUCUGGACACGCAACGUUAUCUUAACUUUGGUGGCUCACUUCCUGCUCGCAUUCCACACAAGUGCCUUCAACUCUAUGACAUUUGUAUUUUUGCCCGCACCCCGUGCCCCAGAGAACUCCCGGCAAGGUCUUUUCCAUUUCGGUGGUGGAUUAGGUCUUCCGUCAUCUCGAGUUGGGCUUGCUACUGCUAUCAUUGGUUUGAUCGGUCUGCCACUCCAGAUCUUCCUAUAUCCGCUGGUACAGACAAAGCUCGGCACGCUCACGUCAUUCCGAAUGUUCCUUCCCUUUUCGCCCAUUGCAUAUGUGCUAAUGCCCUUCCUUGCGAUUCUUCCACGCAUAUCAUGGAUUGUUUGGCCCUCCUUCACGUUUGUCGUUAGCUUACAGGUCAUCUCGCGGACAUUCAUCCUGCCUGCUGCUAUCAUCCUAGUGAACAACUGUGUCACGGAUCCAUCCAUCCUAGGCACAGUCCAUGGAGUAGCGCAGAGUAUCUCUAGUGCAGCUCGGACAUUGGGCCCUUUCCUAGGUGGCUGGGGGCUGGGCUUGGGCCUGCAGAAUAACAUGAUUGGGGCUGUCUGGUGGGCACUGGCUGUUGAGUCUUUGAUUGGUUGGGCUAUGCUGUGGAACAUUUACGAGGGCAAGGGAAUCGAACGCAAGAAAUAUGAGACAGAGGAAGAUGAGGAGUGA